CAGCACCAAAAACCGAGUAAAACAUCCCGACAUGGCAUCAGGAGGCUCCUCAGGUCAGUCCGGCUUCAGGCUGGGCCGCAGCAAGAAAAACCCUGGCGUUCUGGACCAAAUCGGGAAGUUCUUUGGAGGGGACAAGAAAAGGAAGGGCAAGGGCUCUUUCCGCGGUGCCCUGUCGGCCUCGCCCCAGCGGGCCACACACUCCUCCCCCCGCCGCAAAGGAGACCAAAGCGCUGUGGCGCAUUUCUUCAGGUCCAUUGUGUCUCCUGCCCCACCCAAGUCUAGGUGGCAUUCUCUCACAGCAAAACUAGGCCUGGGUGACCAGAAGUCGCAGGCUUCCGCUAAGGGCCAGAAAGGACGGCCAGCAGACGGCCAGGGCACCCUGACCAAAAUCUUCAAAAUGUGAUGUGAAUCCUCACCUGUCCCAGGAGGAAGCCGAGCCGCCUCACCGGCCAAGCGCUGAUUGCCCCCUUUUUUUCCUUUUCCUUGUUUGAAGAUUAGUGCAUGAAAGGAGAGCAAGAGAAGAUGGACAAGCUUCUUUGUUGUUUUUUUACGCUUACACAUUUUUCCUUCACAGUCUCCUGCACUAACUUGCACAUGAACGUGCUUCCUUGCAUGGUGCAUGGCUUUGUGUAAAUACUGUCUACUCAGUUCCAGCCAUAAUGGUCAAAUCCCUCAGUCUCCUUUUCAUCUCUGUCUGCGUCUUUUACUUAUCUAAGCGUUAACUCUCCUGGACUCCAGAGGAAUGCUCCUGCAAAGCUCCUCCCAAAGCGUCCGAGGCUUUGGUUCAGUCUGGGCCGCUUUAGUCCUGUGGCAUUGUCUUUGUUUUGUCUGUACAAACACAUUUGUUUGCUUAUAAUGACUAUCACUUUGUCUUUAGUAGUGUAUUUAUCAUUGUAUUGCUCAGCUAUGAUAGCAUGCAGAGAUGGCCAGUAACCUUUACUCAUUUCCAUUUACUUCAGUGACAUUACAAUGGAUUCUUACGCCUAAAUGCUAAUACUUUAGAUUACUUCUAUUAUAAGUAUAUCUGUGAGUAAAGUCUACUUUUUCUCAGUUCCACGUACAUUCUAUCUUUUUUUUUUUGGGUUUAAUUUCAUUCUGUUCUGUUGGUUUAGCUUCUGGAUAGCCUUGCUGUUGCUCACAUUUCCCACUAUGGAGCUUAAGCAUAUCAUCAUAGAUCAGAAGGAUCCAAAAAAGAGAAGAAUACAGCCUAACAAACUUCAGCUUUUCACUUUAACCUAUACUGAUAAAUGCUGGAAGUUCCACUAUAGUUCUAUGGGGAACUCAGCACUCCAGAAGCUUUUGUACUAGAUACUUUUUCCUCAACGUUGUUUUCUGCUAGGCUAGUUUUACUGCUACUUGAGUCAUUAUUAUCAUAAUAACAAUACUUUUACUGGAAAAUGGGUUUGAGGUUACUCUACACACCUCUGAUAGUACUGUGAUAAGCCUCAUCUUUAAAGAUGUAUUUAUCAUUGCACAUGUUUAACUGUUAUAUAACACAGGCAUGUUAAUGCACAUGAUUUAAUGAAUUUCCCCCACUUUGAUAUGGUCUUGUCUGAAAUUUGCUCUUUCCAAAUGUGUUUUGUAUGGUCGACCAGUGGCUGAGAACUUUACUGCUUUAAAAACAAGCUAUCCAAAAAUGACUGAAUUGUGUCAUGUUCAUAUAUAACACCUUGUAACACAUCUUUAGACACUGAUAAAUUAGACAUAGCUGCAUGUGGAUUAACUGAAUAAGUUUCUGGAGAGCACUGGAAAGUUUUCUGAAUGGCCUGCAAGGCAUGGCGGCCACCUCUUGACCUCUGACCCCCUACCUCUCAUUUCAGCUUUUAAGCCAAAAUAAUAAACCCUGUACAAAAAAGUGUACACAGCUAGCAAAUGCAAAGCCAUAGAAGUCUGUUUCUGUGUUUGUCAGUAAGAUUGCUAAUUGAGUGACGGGAAUCAUUAAAAAUUCAAAAAAGCAGA